CCCGCCCGGUGGUUGCACGUCGGCUGGCGUCCCGGGAGGUGCAGGUGUGGAGUGCGGGCGCAGGAGAACAUCGGAGGGGUCACCGGCGCGGCCAGCUGGAGCCUCACCGGCGAGCGGUAUGGAGCACAGCACCACGCAGACUGCUGCGGACCAGGUGGGCCAGGCGGAGGACGCGGAGCCGCUGCUCGGCGUGGGAAGCGACCAGUCGGGAGCGACCGCAGGCGGUAAAGAAGCCCUCAUCGGGCCUGCGCGAUCUGAGCCGUCGGUGGAGGUAAAGCCAGUGGCGCCGAAGCCGGUGUCGGUCGCGCAGCUGUUCCGGUACGCCGACUGCAAGGACAAGUGCCUGAUUGCCGUGGGCUUGUUCGCCUCAUUGUUGGCUUCGUUCGUCUUCCCCAUCGAAGUCUUGCUCUUCGGCCGAGCCACGGACGCCAUGACUACUUUCGCGCUCAACAAGACAACGGACGACAACGCAGAGCUCCUCAGCGAGUCCAUGGACCUGUUCGUGUACGGCAGUCUGUGCACGGCGGCAUUUCAACAGCUCAUGUCCCUCACCUAUGUGUUCUGCCUCUACUACACAGCGUCAGACCAGGCUUGCCGCAUCAAACAGCUGUUCCUACGGUCUGCACUGCGGCAGGACAUGUCGUGGUACGAUACCAAGCAGAUGGGUGAUUUCACCACUCGUGUUACAGACGACCUGAAGAAGAUUGAGGACGGAAUCGGAGAAAAGAAUGGAAUGAUGGUGGGCUUCGUCAUGCUGUUCGUCCUCGGAAUGGGACUGGCAUUCUACAACGGCUGGAAACUCACCCUGGUCGUUUCAUCUUUCACCCCAGUAAUGGUCGUCUCUGGAGCGUUGCUGGCAAAGCUUCAGGCCAGCUACGCUCAAAAAGAGGCGGAUGCGUACAGCCAAGCCGGAUCGGUGGCCGAAGAGGUGAUAGGAGCCAUUCGAACCGUGAAGGCCUUCGGCGGCGAACAGAGCGACACGCAAAGGUUCGCUGAGCGUCUCCAGGGCGCGCGCCAGGCGAUGGUGCGGCGCAGCGCCGUCACCGGUCUGGGUGUCGGCCUGGCGUGGCUGGUGGAGUUCAGCUCUUUCGCGCUGGCCUUCUGGUACGGCACCAAGCUGGUGCUGGAGUCUCGACAGGCGGGCGACGGACUGUACACGGCCGGAAAUAUCACCGUCGUAUUCUUCGGCAUUCUCAUAGGAGCCAUGACCGUGGGGCAGGCGGUGCCGCACAUGGAGGCCCUAUCGGCGGCACGAGGAGCCGCCGCCACUGUUUACUCUGUGAUCGAACACAAGUCUAAGAUCGACCCCAGCGAUCAGAGUGGGGCCAAGCCUGAUAACGUAGAAGGCGUGCUCGAGCUGAAGGAUGUGUACUUCAACUACCCAAGUCGACCAGACACGCAAGUUCUGCGUGGCAUGAGCUUCACCGUUCGACCGGGACAGACGGUGGCUCUAGUGGGCAGCUCUGGCUGCGGCAAGUCCACCUGUAUUCAGCUGAUACAGAGGUUUUAUGACCCGCUGCAAGGACAGGUUUUGUUGGACGGACGGAGCUUGAGCGAGCUGAACGUCUCCUGGCUGAGGCGGCAGAUCGGCGUCGUCUCCCAGGAGCCCGUUCUUUUCGGUACCACAAUCGCCGAGAAUAUUCGAUACGGCGCACUCCACUGCACCAUGCGGGACAUUGAGCAGGCGGCGAAGGAGGCGAACGCCUUCGAUUUUAUCCAGGACCUGCCACAAAAGUUCGACACCAUGGUGGGCCAGAAGGGAGCGCAGCUGAGCGGCGGUCAGAAGCAGCGGAUCGCUAUCGCUCGCGCCCUGGUCCGUAACCCGAAGGUGUUCCUGCUGGAUGAGGCCACGUCGGCGUUGGACCUCCAAAGCGAGGCGCUCGUGCAGUCGGCCCUGGACCGGGCGCGCUCCGGCCGGACCACCAUCGUUGUGGCCCACCGCCUGUCAACGGUGAGGACGGCUGACCUCAUCUGCACCCUGAAGGACGGCAAGGUAGCCGAGAUGGGUUCCCACGAGCAGCUGAUGCAGCAACAGGGCGUCUAUUAUAGUCUGGUUACCAGGCAGACCGGCAUCAAAGCGGACGACGACGAUGAGCAAGAAGACGAGGAGUUCGAGGAAACCGUGGGUGACCUGCAGUCGGCACGCCAGCCGUCCGCUGCCGGCCGCGUCAGGCUGCGGACCGUGUCGUCCUCGACAUCGGACCACACAGACGGCGUCGCCGACAGUGUGGAGGCCAACGGAGCGGCGCAGGCCUUCCGUUCCGCCAGCGGCAAGGGCAGGCACGAGUCGCUCACUGCGCCGUCGGAGGACGAGGAGGACAAGCUGGCGCCUGUGUCCGGCUGGCGUAUCCUGACCCUGAACUCCAAGGAGUGGCCGUUCCUGCUGCUAGGAGUGCUGGGCGCCGCCGUCAUGGGCGCCGCCAUUCCUGGAUACGCCAUAUUGAUGGGCAUUGUGCUGGGAAACCUGUCGCUGGGAGAUCCGGAGGAAGCAAUGGCCAACGCCCGGUCCUACUCACUUCUGUUCCUGUCAGCUGGAGUCGUCACCUUCCUCGCUUCUUUCACGGAGAUUCUCAUGUUCGGCAUAGCCGGGGAGCGGCUUACGACGCGCGUGCGGAAGCUGACAUUCGCAGCUCUGCUGCGACAGGAGGUCUCAUUCUAUGAUAAUGCGAAGAAUACAGUGGGAGCUCUGUGCGCCAGGCUAUCUGGUGACGCCUCAAGCCUCCAGGGGGCCACUGGCACCCGGCUGGGCAAUAUCACGCGGGCGUUAUUCACUGUGCUGCUGGGUGCGGUGCUGGCGUUCGUGCUGAGCUGGAAGCUGGCGCUAGCCGCACUGCCCUUCGUGCCGCUCUGCUUAGUGGCCACGUACAUGGAGGGUUACAUCGAGCAGAUGCAUGGCAGCAUGGACGAAGACCUGUUUAACCAGGAGAGCGGCAAUCAGAUCGCCGUAGAGGCGAUCUCCAACAUCCGCACUGUGGCCGGUUUAGGCUUGGAAGAGCUGGUUUCUGAUCAGUACGCAGCGCUUCUGCGAACAACGCGCCGCAAGUACAUCAAGAAGGCUUUCGUGAGAGGUCUGGUGUACGGCGCGGCCCAGAGCGUGCCUACGCUGGCGUACGCGGCUGUCUUCGGCGUAGCCAAGCCCCUGAUCCUCGAUGGGACCCUGCCGUACGCCAGCCUGUUCAUGGUCAGCGAGAGCCUCAUCUACGGCACGAUGGUGGUGGGAUCGGUGGUCGCCUUCUCACCCGACUUCAGCAAGGCGUUCGGCGCCGCCAAGCGCAUCUUCGCCCUGCUGGAGAGGAAGCCGGCCAUCGACAGCUCGCUCGCUGGCGGAGUCACUUUGCCGAAGGUUACUGGAACGAUAGGCCUGCAUCGCGUCAGGUUCCGUUACCCGACGCGUCCGGAGGCGACCGUUCUGAGUGACCUCAGUUUGGAGAUCAGUCCAGGUCAGCAGGUGGCUCUGGUCGGCUCUUCCGGCUGUGGCAAGUCCACCUGUAUCCAGCUGCUGGAGAGGUUCUACGACCCUGAAGGAGGCGAUGUGACAGUGGACGGCCAGAGCGUGUCUGCUCUUAACCUGAGCUGGCUCCGCUCCAACAUCGGUAUCGUCUCGCAAGAGCCCGUGCUGUUCGACAAGACCAUCCGCGAAAACAUAGCGUACGGCGACAACAGCCGGGAGGUGCCGAUGGAGGAGAUCAUAGCGGCCGCCCGGGACGCCAACAUACAUAGCUUCGUGGCCAGCCUUCCCGCCGGCUACGAGACGCAGCUGGGCAGCAGCAGCAGCACACAGCUCAGUGGCGGCCAGAAGCAGCGCAUCGCCAUUGCGCGCGCCCUCGUUCGGCGACCGGCCAUACUACUGCUCGACGAAGCGACAUCUGCGCUUGACGCGGAGAGUGAGAAGUGUGUGCAGGAGGCGUUAGAGCGCGCGGCCAGCGGUCGAACGUGCCUGGUGAUAGCCCACAGGCUGUCGACAAUUCAGGACGCUGACAAAAUAGCUGUGAUUCACCACGGGAGGGUGGUGGAGCAGGGAACGCACCAGGAGCUCUUGUCGAAAAAGGGCAUGUAUUAUAAGCUGUACAAGACGAUGGCGUAGUUUUGUGAUGUGCAUAUGUGUCGCUUCCGUUUCCAUGGCCAGCCGACCCCUCUGCACAACACGCUGGACGUCCAGGCCUGUGUGGUAUCUGUUAUCAGCGAGUGCGGUGCGCUGCUGCAGUGUGUGGGUGGGCUGAUCAGCGACCGAGGACCUCGGCCGGAGGUCGCGAGCACCGCCAGCGGGCUCUGCCGGAUGAUGCUCAUCUUCGAGUUUUUCUUUGGUUUGCGGCUGACCCAUCUGCUCCUGAACCUUACCACACCGGUCAUGCCAUCGGUUCAAGCAUGUACCCGGUCUGCGUCCGCUAACGUUGACUCGUUGGCACUGCGCGAGGGGUCGUGCUGUCGCGGCACGAGGCAUUCUCGCGGUUCUAGGAGCGCGUGACGUGGGAUGCCGCGCGCCUGGACGUCGAACCGGCGGAGCUCAGGCGGGACAGGCGGCGCGACGUCGCGACGUCUGGGCGACGUGUCCGAGCCACAUCACCAUGUGGGUCAUGAGGGUGACUACAGGCAAGUGUAUGUGGAAGCUAUGGACUGCCUCACCGGUGAGGUUCGUGGUCGGUAUAAGUCCGACGAGCUGAUGCUGGCCACGGCCGAGCGCGCUCUCCUGACAUCAGGCGCUAGCCGGAGCGGCCCAGUUCCACGACUUGGACGAGCACCGGCUUCGAAGUCAGGUGGAAAUGCUGGCGAACGUAGCGCGAACGGGAUGCACUCGUCGGGUUUUUAGAUGAUCCUGCAGGCCUGCUGCAGGAGCCACUGCUGGGAGAAGUCCUGACAGUCGCUCCCAUUCUUCUCUGUCCCAUCCUGACGACCCCUGUGACCACUCGCUCAGCUGAACGGAUGUUCAGCCUGGUCAGCUAAGCGGGCAUUCAGCCUGUGCAGAUGGGUGGGCGUUCAGCCUGAUCAGCCGAGCGGACGCCCAGCCUGCUCAGCUGAGCGGACGUUCAGCCUGGUCAGCUAAGCGGACAGUCAGCCUGUUCAGGUAGGCGGACGUUCAGCCUGCUCUGACGCGUGAAGCGCUGGCUUCGUUACACCUUCAGCGAUGAGCAGCUCAACCGCGCUGCUGUAUUGGCCGUUCAUCCAGACCUGCUGGAUUCGCUGGACCUCAGUGCCGAGGUUAAACUGUUCGCGGUGCGGUCAAGCCUGCAUGUGAGCAUGUUCGGUCGUUGGUGAUGGUAUUUGCUAGACUACAACCGGGUCACGGUGAGGU